GUUCCUGUGAUGUUCAAACAAACACCUUACUAGCGGUGAGGAAAUCACCACACGUCAGCGGCGAGUGUGGACUGCGGAUCCGGGAGUAAGUAGGACGGAAAAAGGUACCGUCUAAGGCAAUCUAGCUGUGGGCCGAUCCAGAGAGAUCGGCUAGGUCAAGCACGGUGAACUCAUGGGCGAAGGAAAUCAGCUUAAACAAGAGCUUCCCACCAGAGAAGUGAAUGCUGGUCACCGUAGGACAGUACUACUCUGCCACUGCUUUUCGACCUCGCGUCAUCGGGCCGCAGUAAGACUUUUUAUUAUAAAUGAACCGGGAAAACUUUACAAGUUACGUGGCAUUGCGCACACCGCUGUUGUGCACGGAAACGCAGUUUUUUCCUGUUCAUGGAAGCUUCAAGAGCAGGCGAGAGCUACAAAUCAUUGCAGAGGAGCGCUGAUAUCUUGAGUCCGUUCGGGUCGUUACCGCCUCAAGCAAGGCUCGAAGAGGGAACGAGCAUUCCCGAAGAGGACGAGUCACGGGAGAGGUGCCAUGUCAGUCCAUAAAUUCUUGACUAGAUUUGCCAGUAAAAUAAAAGGAAAGUGAUGUAGCAAGGUCUAGGGAUGCCUCAUCGGGCUUCACCUUGUCAACCAGCCCCUUGAAAAGCCUGACAAAAGAGCGCCGAGGCAACUGUCAACUGGCUGUGCAGUUUUGUAUUUUUAGCGAGAAAGCAUAAAAAUACUCCCCUCCUCCUGCUCGCUUCCAUGCAAAUGAUGUGACAUCGGUGUCCUCCCCGUUAUAUUCACCUCUCCGAUCGCUCCCGCAGUCAACCCCCUCCCCGCUCUACACACUACGCAGCCCAGGCCCACAUGCAGCAAAAGCCGAUUUCCAUGCCUUCCCUUCAAUCCCCGAGAUUCUUCACUUUCUGCUCCCGCAAGAGCUCCUGUCCCGAACCCCAUACCCUCCCCAGGAUAAGAGCUCGCAACGAGCGACCGUGGGCCCCCCGCAUCUCG